GCGUGUGCGUGUGCGUCAGAACACGUUGCAAGGGAGAGCAAUAACAGCACGUUCAGUCAGUGGCAUCCUCCCAUUUAAGCCAUGCAAAUGAAAAGACAAAAUGCUCCGGGACUGGCAUGGCCUAGAACAUAAGCUGUUCCUCGAGCCCUCGCCUUCCUCUCGCUUCCUAUGAUUUAUCACUGACGUCUUCGGGACAUUGCAGCACAGUCGCCAGAUCUCAGGGAAUCAUUGAGUGUUAGCACUGACGCGCCCCUGAGUGAACCGUACCAGCAUGCCGGAGCAGAGCAAUGACUACCGUGUGGUGGUGUUCGGGGCCGGGGGCGUGGGCAAGAGCUCCCUGGUCCUGCGUUUCGUGAAGGGCACCUUCAGGGACACCUACAUCCCCACUGUGGAGGACACCUACCGGCAGGUGAUCAGCUGCGACAAGAGCGUGUGUACGCUGGAGAUAACCGACACCACGGGCAGCCACCAGUUCCCGGCCAUGCAGCGCCUGUCCAUCUCCAAGGGCCACGCCUUCAUCCUGGUCUACUCCAUCACCAGCCGGCAGUCCCUGGAGGAGCUCAAGCCCAUCUACCAGCAGGUGCUGGCCAUCAAGGGCAACGUGGAGGGCAUCCCCAUCAUGCUGGUGGGAAACAAGAGCGAUGAGACCCAGAGGGAGGUGGAGACCAAGGAAGGCGAGGCCCAGGCCAACAACUGGAAGUGUGCCUUCAUGGAAACCUCGGCCAAAACCAACCACAACGUCACCGAGCUCUUCCAGGAGCUGCUCAACCUAGACAAGAAGCGUGACAUGAGCCUCAACAUGCGCUCCAGCAAGCAGCGGAGGGCUGAUAAGCUGAAGGCCAAGUGCAGUGUGAUGUAGAGGCCGAAAGGGUUGAAGUGGCAGUAAAGAACGGGCAUUGGACAGGGGUGUCAAUCUCAGGUCCCGGAGGGCCACAGCACUGCAGAGAUUAGUGUUCUCUCUUCUGAAGGCCGAUACAUGCCCAGUAUUUCUGAAGCGUACUUUAUUUUGGAAAGUGUGACUGACCACACUUUUUAAACAUAAAGGUUCCUAAAUGGUUCUUGGCUUGCUUGUUCUUACAAAGGCCCACAUCACAUUUUUCUUGUAUUUAAUUUUAGGUAUGCUUAUAACAUUUGUGUGUGUUUAUGCACAAAAAAAUUGUCAAACUUAAUUAAUUUUUACAUGACCCUUUUUUAAUCCUUUAGAAUUAAGCAAUUGUCAGCUUGAAUGAUCAAGCUAAUUCUGCUGUAGGCUCAAUAGGUGGCUGUACAUUGGGGUCAAAAAGUCUGGGACCAGUAGUGAAAAUGCUUUUGCAUUUUUUUAAUAAUUUAUUAACUAUAUUUUUACAUAUACAACUUCUUAAUUAUACAUUAAAUUAUAAGCAUGCCGAUUUGAGUGAAAAGUAUAAUCUUUGAAAUUUUAACAUGAUUUUUAGAAUUUCUUAGAAUUUAUGCCCCCCUUUUACUUUAAUGACAUCAUGCACUAUAAAAGCCUCUGAUAAGCAGGUCAUAUUCACUUGAGAGUGAUUUGAAGAUGUGCUUCAAUGGAAGGGAUAAAAAAUCUGACGUUUUUGUACAAAGGCCUUAACAUGGUUAUAAGAUGAUUGUUUGUCAUCAGAUAAUCGGGAAGUCUUUCAGGCCUUGUCUUUACGUAUUAACAUCACACGCACAAGCUCAAAAUGAAGAUCUGGCUCGAUGUUUAGGUCUGAAAUGCAAAAUCCACAUUAUGCUGAUGAAGAUAUGAUCACAAUGGCAGGUAAUUCACUUACAUCCAACACCAAGUUUUGACUAAGUUCUCUUUGAACUCCUUUGCAGUCCUCAGAUUCAUCCGCUUGGGGAAGCGUUCAGAAGCACAACCCGUGUUACAAAAUGUUCUUCCACACACUGAGUGCUAUUACAUAUUUCCACCAGAGAGGUCUCCAAAUCCAUAAAACUUACAUAGUGCAGCUUUAUUAGAAAGAGUUGAGGUGCUUGCAGAAUGGAACUGAUUCGGUACUAGCAUGGACAGAUGGUUGAUGAUGGCUGCUGUGCUUACAGAUCACAGACGUGAUGUGUUUGAAUUCCAAGAAACACUCUGAAAUCAGCUCAUGAAGGCCUUUGUAAUUAGCUAACGGACAUUAAGUGAGGUAGAAUGCUAAGCUCUGCGGUGCUGUGACUCUCUAGGAGUGGAGUUGGACACCCCUGGCGUAAGAUAACGGCUUCAGCAAUGAUGUGACUGAUAGAAAAUGUACAAAAAGUCCCUCAUCACAUCUAUUACCCUACUCCUUUUGGAUCUGAAUCAGGUAUUCUUCGGUGCACAGUCAACCAACCAGACUCUUUUUCUCUAUAUCUUUCAUUUCGCUCUUGUAAUGACCACCGGAAUCCAUCGGGGGAAGUCUUGAGCUCCGACUCCAAGCCACCCCCUUCUAGCAUUUUACUGAGUUGACAUUGACAUUGAGUAUUAACCUGUCGUUCUCCCUUCUCAUGCCACCUGCUCGUGCACAGCUUUUGUUUUCAGUCCAUAACAAAAGAAAAAAAAUAUCUGUCAUCAUUGUGGUCAUUUCUAGGGCUGUGUCUUGUAACGGAUUUCAUUGAUAACCCGGAUAAGAACAUGUCUUGAACUGGUUAUGCACUUUAUCGUAUUCUCAGUGGGCAGACAAGACCAAGAGGCGACAGCAUUAUCCCGCUCUUCCAAAUGCAGACAUGAUAAACAGCACAACAGCAGGAAAGAUUUGGGACCACAGACUUUUCUUUGCUGGCUGGCUUGCUAAUAGUACGAACUGGUUCAAACAAAACACUGCGUGAAUAGUGAAUGAUGCAUAUUUGACAAUGUAGAACUACCUUCCUAUUCAUUGUGAUUUAGAUUUCGUCAUCAAGUACAGAGCUUUACCUAAACAAAGCACAGCGAAGCAGUUUUAAAUGUCCAUCUUUUCUGAAAGCUUUUCUUUUUUUCCAUUCCCCUCCCCC